ACGUCCGUUUAAUUCACAAAUUGAUGCGUAUUGAUGAUCGCAUUGGCCAGGUUUUUGAAGUGUCUCGGCCAUAUCAAAGAUUUCAUGUCAAUUAAACAUUAUUUACAUGUGACGGCUGUGCAUCUACUUUCUAUUGACAUCUUGCAGCCUCCAGCUACGGCCGUAUUGUUGAUGGCGUUUGGUUGAAUGUUCGUCUGUGGGAUGUUUUUGUGUUUGGGGGUCCAUCUUGUAAAUUGGAGAACAUUUGUCGGAACAUGUGGCAUCCUUCUAUAUAUAUUAAAUAAAGAUGUACACCCUUUUAUCUGGUUUGUGGAAAUAUUUGUUUCAAAAAGAAGAAUAUUUUGUUCUCAUUCUUGGACUUGAUAAUGCUGGAAAAACAACAUACCUAGAACAGACUAAAACUAAAUUUCACAGAAAUUAUCAAGGGAUGAACUUUAGUAAAAUCACAAGUACAGUUGGUUUAAAUAUUGGUAAAAUAGAUAUUGGUAAUAUUCGUUUGAAUUUUUGGGAUCUUGGUGGCCAAGAAGAACUUCAAUCUCUCUGGGAUAAGUAUUAUGCUGAAUCUCAUGCUGUUAUAUACAUAGUAGAUACAUCAGAUAGAGAGAGAAUUGAAGAGUCAAAGAUUGCUUUUGAUAAAAUGGUAAAAAAUGAUUCAUUGAAUGGUGUUCCCCUUUUAUUACUAGGAAAUAAACAAGAUUUACAGGGUUGUAUAUCAGUAGGUAGUAUGAAAGAGAUAUUUACACCUGUACCUGAUGUUAUAGGUGUUAGAGAUUGUAAUGUUUUAGGGGCAUCUGCAUUAAAAGGUGAUGGUGUAAUGGAGGGUAUACAUUUGUUAGUUGAUGGUAUUAAAAGAAAUAGUAUAUCCAGACCUCCAACACAGAAAGAAAUAACAUGACGAUAUACCAGUAUCUUAUGUAUGUUAUACUAUCUACUACUGGGACCAGGGAGGUUGUUAUAUAAUAGUGCUGUGCAUUGUUUAUAUGUCUACAGGGGGUAUAUUAUGUGGUAUUUGCAGUAUAUUCCGAAAUGGGCACAGUACCGGUACUGUGUUAUACGUAUGUAAACAGUUUUUUUUUUUUUACAUUCGAUUAUUUGUUGAUAUUUUUACUUAACUUAUUAAACUGUAUCUUGUAAAUAAGACUAGAUUUAUUACAUAUUUUAGAUGCUUUCUAGUCAUAAGAAUUAUUUCCCUUUCCGUUAAAGGUAGAUUGCUUCUUGCCAUGUAUACUUUUUCUGUUUUCCUAGCCAAGAGCUACUGCAAGCAUUUUACUGUAGUUUAUUACUGAUAAAUACAUGUAUAAUGAUUAUUGUUUAUUACUGAUAAAUGCAUGGAUAAUUACAAUAGUGUAUUACUGGUAAAUACAUGUAUAAUUACUAUAGUUUAUUACUGGUAAACUGGUAAAUACAUGUAUAAUAGUUUAUUACUGGUAAAUACAUGUAAAAUUACUAUAGUUUAUUACUGGUAAAUACAUGUAUAGUUUAUUACUAAUAAAUACAUGUACAAGUAUAUUUACUGUAGUUUGUCUGGUAAAACAUGAAUAUUUACUGUAGUUUAUUGCUGGUAAAUACAUGUAUGUUUUCUGUAGUUUUUGUAGAGAUAUAGCUCUAUGCAUAAAUGAAAUAAAACAAAGUAGGAACAAUCCAAACCAUUAGACAAAAUUGAAAUUCCUGAAAAAUGGUAUUGGCAAAAUAGUGUAAUCAGCAAAUGGGCUGUUCACCAUAUACAAAAUACAUGAUGGAUGAGUAUAAUGCAGGGUUUUCACAAAUAUUAUGUAUAUCUUUUAAAAAUAGCUUAAAUAAAAUUUUAAUUUUUAAAAUAAUUCCUAUGUUUAUAAUUGUACAUAUUGUAUUAUACAAGGUGGUAUGUUAUAUAUAUGUAGUAAAUGGUAAGUUAUACUACUAUAUCAGUACAAGUUUAUAAUGUAUGGGGUAAUAUGUAUAUGAUAUUGUUUUAAUGUAUGUUGAAUUUCUUUAAUCAGUAUAAUUUCAUGUUAAAUUACAUUGAUCAACAUAAAUUUACUUUGCUCAGCACAAUUUUAUGUUCAAUUUAGUUUGAACAACAAAAUUUCAUGUUAAAUUUACUCUGAACAACAUAAUCUGACAUUAAAUUACUAUGAUCAACAUAAUUUCAUGUUAAAUUACUUUGAUCAACAUUAUCUCAUGUUAGAUUAAUUCGAUUAACAUAUAAUUUCAUUUAAAUUACUUUUAAUGAACAUAAUUUCAUGCCUUUAAAUUAUUAACAUUGUAUUUACUUAUUGGUGUGUCAGUGAUUAUCAUUUCUAUUCUAUUUUCCUUGAUAAUUCACUUGGGUUAAUAUUUAAUCCCAACAAUUUUUGUAAAAAGUUUAUGAUAUUAUACAGCCACUUGAACAUUUGUCACAUGAUAUAUAAAUUCAUAUAUCUUAUCACUUUGUUGUCAUAUUUGGUUUUGAUUUAGCAAUGUAGUGUUUGGAUUUUGUUCAAAUGAAAUAAAAUGGGGUUUAUUGCUCCAACUGGGCAGUGUUCCUUGUGGUCUACUCUUACAUCGAUGGCCAACUCUUAUAUCGGAUUCCAACUGCCAAAGGAUCUUUUACGUGCAUGCCAAAGUAUACGUUGGACCUCGUUUUUUUGUCCAAUCCAAAUGAAUAGACAGCUGUCCUUGUCAUGCCCUCUGUCCUGCACCACUGACAAAGGGAAACCCUGUCGGAUAAUCCUGAUGAACUUUCUCGGCCAAUGCAGGGAUCGAACACCCGACCUCCAGGCUAGCGAACCAGCGUCUUACCCACUUAGCCCCUGUGGCUCACGAAUUUCUUUAAAAGAUGGCAGAGCUCUAUCAAAGCUUUUCUUUGUUAUAUGCAUGUCAUUUAUAAAGAGAAAAGUUUUUAUGUUGAAUACACUAUUUUCACUAUCAUAUAUCAAUAUUUUAGUAAUUGCAAUAAAAAUAAAAUUUAGAACAUGUACGUAUGUAAAAUAGCAAAUAUUUUUUACACCACGUCUUCCAUAAUAAGCAUUAACAAAAUUCAAUGAGCAUUGUUUAUGCUGACUAUUCCUUCAUUAUUGAGGUAAUAUAUUCAUGAAUUUUGACUAUGAAAACCCAGUAUAAACGAUUUGGACUUAAUCAACUGCAUAGGUCGUUUCCUGUUGAAACAAGGAUCACUUUUGAUACAAAACUAUGUGCUGUUGUUUGUGAGAUUGUUUCACUACAUGUAGCUCUUGCCCAGAACCAUUAUGCUAUUUCAAGGGCUUCAUACAUGUAAAUACCUUGGUUAUUAUACAAUGAAUAUGUUAUAUAUAUUGUGAAUGAAAUAAAUCUGGGAAUACAGAA